UAAACCAGCUAAUAUAAUAUAAUCUGGUGGAAUUCGUAGAACACAAAGCAAAAGCCACAAUGUGUCCAAAGCCUCUGGUGAAAACAAAGUCCAAACACUUGCACCUUAUGGCACUCGUUAGUUUGUUCUUGUUGGCCUAUCUUUUCAUUCAAAACACCAACCCUUAAACUCUCUAACCUACCAUUGCCAAAAGAAAGAGCAAACUCAUUUAAGAAAAACUAGGACAGAAAAAGAAACACCAACACCUGGCUCUUGCAUACUUUUGAUGAGUAUUAUAGAAGAGUCCAUAUUGGUGAUAACUAAGAAGCCAACCUAUUCGUCAUCCUCCACUUCCUCUCCCUCAAGUGGCAACCUUCCCAAAGAUCAUUUCCAAUGGAAGUUUCAUGCAAGAUUCUCAGAAGAUCAACUCACAGUUUCCUCCAAAACUAUCAUUACUUCACCUCAACACCAGCUUUUCUUGCUUUUCCUUUCUCAGCUUCAAUACUCCUCUCUCAAGCAUUUGUCCCUUCACCUUCAUCCCUUUUGCCUCAAAUCUACAACCGCCUAAGGACUCUCUUUGAUGCUGCAGGCUUCCCUUCUUCAAAAUUGUUUACAAUUCUCAACUUGAAGGUUUCUCAAACAAUCACUUCUUCAAUCUUCACCCUUCCUUUCACCCUCACCUUUCUCCUAAUUGCAAAAGCAUCCAUAAUUCAUGCUCUCAACCACCACAAACCAUCUUUGCCACCUUCCUUCAAUUCAAUGAAGUCCCUUUACAAGCCUCUCCUCCACACCUACAUCUUCAACUGUUUCUUGAUUCUCUCAGCAAAUGCAACUGCUUUUGGAUUCAUGUUUUUGGCCUUCAGCUUCAUUGAAAAACUUGGCUACUACUAUUCCCCUAGUAGCCUCAUCCUCUUCACGUCAGUAUCUGGGGCAAUUCUCUUCUCUGUGAUUCUUGCCAAUGCUCUUGUCACAUGCAACAUGGCACUGGCUCUAUCUGGCAUGGAGGGACAUGGUGGAUACUUGGCAAUUCUGAAAGCUUGUUUUCUCUUAAGGGGAAGAACAUCAAUGGCCUUGUUCCUGGCACUUCCUGUCAAUGUGGCUUUGGCUGCCAUUGAGGCCUUGUUCCAAUUCCGGGUUGUGAGGCCUUAUCAUAUCGCUGGAAUAGCAAGGCCUUGUGUGGCUUUGGAGGGGAUUUUCAUUGCUUAUCUCUACUCAAUCUUCAUCAUCCUUGACACAAUUGUGAGCUGCAUGUUCUACAAAAGCCUUAAGAUAGGAUCAUGGAUCGGUCAAGCGGACAAACAUUUGUUCAGAAUUGAAUACCCUGAUGAAGACAAGUACGGUUACAUGGGCACUAAGGAACUACCAUAAUAAGUAACAUAAGGAGGCAAAUUGUUAAUUUGGUAUAGUCUUGUCUUCAUAUUUCAUGAAGGAGAAGAAGGUACUAGUUAUUUUAAACGAGUAUAGAAGGAAUUUACAAAAUUCAUUCAUGUUGCUCCAAGGAAAUGGAGCAACUUUGAAAACAUAAAGAUUUUCAAUUGAGCAAUCUCAGCUCAGAUAUGUGCAAAGCCAAAGAAAUUACCAAGUUAGAGAUUAGAGCAUCAUUUGAUAUAAAUGAAAUUCUGUUUUAUUCUUAGACUCCGUCUUUUGAUUUUAUCACUUUUACUUUGUAGGAAAUCUUUUACCGUGUGAAUAAUACAAAUGCUUCCCUUUAA